UUGCUUUCCAAGAAGAAAAAUCUUUGUCUUUGACUACUUGUGAAACACCAUCAUCUAGAGGACCAACCGAAGCCAAUUUCUUGAUUUCCUGCCGCCGAGUUUUUGAGAACAAACCAGAUUUCUGUAUUCGCCUUCCGAAGGCGCAGUUUGACUCGGGAAGAGAAGCCGGUUCUCUUCAUUUCUUUCCGUCUCUGACCGUUCAGGCGUUUCUACAACAUUGGUCAUCUUGUCUCGCUUUCCAAAUCGUUUCUUCACAUGAUUCGGCCAAACUCAUCUCGUUAAUCGUCUAUGUGCUACACAAUUCACGGUCCCAAGAAAGUUUCACUUAUGUGGCGACUGAAACUGUUAGAAUCCUUGAGGGUUCGAUGGUUAUUGAAUCUUGAUAAGAGUCAGGAUUUUCUUUCUUUGCAUUGCCGAUAUAUGGCUGAAAGAAGCAGAGGAAAUGGCUCAUUUUGAUUCUUGCGGCGUCCUUCUGGUUGCUCGCUGAUAAUGUGGGACGCAGUCUUUGUGGCUAGAGGUGGUAGAUUGUGGCAGUAGAGGGUGGUGGUGGUAGGGACUAGGUGAUAUGGUGGUGCUUGAGAAGGAUGGAUGGUGGUAGUGGUAGGAGAUGGUCUUGAUAGAGGAUGGUUGUAGGCGGUGGUAAUAGUGGUAGGGGAUAAUGGUUAAAUGUUGCGUUGUACUGGCGGUUUUUCCAUUUUUUGCUUAACCAAGUAGAAAAGAAGUUUUUGCAAACAGAGAAAAGGGAAAGGAGGAAAAAAAAAAACUUUCUUGAGAAUGUGAUGAAGAAAAAUUGUCGACCGAAAUUUGUCCACCAAAUUUAUAUCUUGCAAUCAAGUGGUGUCUAAUUCUAACCACUUGGUUAAAAUGUGCUUUUAGUAUAUCUCCAAAUUGAACAUUUAGCUAUCUAUUGUCAACGUUUUUAUCUUCUGCUUUCUUUGCAUAUAACCCUGGUGGCUGUUUAGGGGCAUUUACGGUGGUAAGAACCACACAGUUACAAAGAUUAGCAUUUCCUCCGAUGGUGUUUUAAUAUAGAAAUACUGGAUUUUAGCUUUUCCUAAAUGACACUUUAUAGAAUGUUUUGUGCCUUUGACAGUUACCAUGACAUAGGUUUAAAUUGAAUCAUUGAACAUGUAUCAACUUGGACUCUUUGUGCCCUCUGCAUUUAGAGGCCAAUUAAUUUUGGUGCAUUAUUUGGUGAAAAUCCAUCAAUUUGGUAGCAUCCCGUUGCCACCCCGGUUGAUGCCUGUGCUUUGAGAAGGAUUUGUGAUUAACAGUUACCCUUCUAUUACAAAUGGAUGGAAUUCAUGAAAACGGUGCAGUCAACUUGAGGUGUUAGUUUUUGCUUUCAGAGUUGGACAAAGGAUUGAAGCAUGAUUGUGUUUGAUAUGGAAAUUUGGGUAAAAAAGUGGGCAAAGAUUUUGGAGAUUUUCUUCCUCAAAAGAGCAUUUGAACUCAAAGCUGUUCAGCAAAGAAACUAUUGACAUAAAGCAAGAUCGGACUUCCAGGGACCAUUCUCGCGAUAGAAAUGUCAGCUCCUAACGAUGAAAAUGCAACUCCCCAUGCUCAGCUCACUUCCCAUCUCUUUGGGGAGCUUCUUGAUUCUGUAAUCAUAGACGUUGCAUCUGAAUGCCACAGAGUGGCAAGACUGGGUCUUGACCGCAAUUUGGAUGAUGAAGAAGAGGAGUUAAGACUCUCAGCACAAGCUCGUGCAAUGGUUGCAGAUCCUAGUAAUAGUGGAGAAACAAAUGGGAAAUAUGUUGCUGACAUAUUUGGACAUACACAUCCAGCUAUUGCCAAUGAGAUAUUUGAGUGCAUGAAUUGUGGGCGUUCAAUUAUGGCAGGGAGGUUUGCUCCUCAUUUAGAGAAGUGCAUGGGAAAGGGUCGGAAGGCACGCUUAAAGGCCACACGCAGUACAUCAGCUGUACAACGACAGUCUCGUGGUAGCCCUGUCUCUGCAUACGCUGCAUAUUCCAGUUCUAUGGGCUUACAAGCCACCGGUAGAACAGCAAAUGGAAUGAUUGGCAUGGCCUCGGAGGAGUAUCAGAAGGGUGGAAAAGACCUUGCCAAUGGUGCUUUAGAAGAAUCAUAAAUAUUAGAUUAUCUGGAAAAAAUAGUUGUAGCUUAACUGAUUUUGGUAGAAGCUAAUCUGUAUAUUUUUAGCAUAUAAUGCAUUCUUUUUUCUGUUC